UGUACAGCAUUGAGUAUGUAUAUAUAUACUUAUACAUUACAUACUAGCGGCGGUUGAAUGUUUUGUAAAAGUGUGUUCAAACUAGUUUAAACACGUGGUACUUACCUUCCCCCCUAUUAAUGACGUCGGAUAUGUUAUCAUAAAAGUUCACGACAUAAGUUGAUACAAGGUACAUAUCUCUCAAUUGAAUAAAUUUUCUUCUCGUAAUUAAUUCAAAUUGGUCUGUGACACGAUCGCGCUUAUAUUUGUAUCUGAUUAAAGUUUUAUUGAAGAAAAUGGAAAGUUUAAGAAGAAACUUCAGGCCACCAAAAAUGCUAUUGAAACUGUAUUCUCUGUUUAUCUUAACAUUGGAUCUUGUGACGCUAUUAUUCGGAAUAGUUUUUGCUAUCUUAGUUACAUUUUAUAGAAUGUUUAGACCUCCACCUUUGAAAAGUCUUCGUGGAGAAAUAGCAAUGGUUGUUGGCGCAGGACGUGGAGUGGGAAGAGAAUUAGCAAUUCAUUUAUGUCAGUUAGGAGUUAAUGUUGCUUGUGUAGAUAUCAAUGUUGAAAACUGUUAUGGUACCAUACUACAAACAUCUAAAGGUUUCGGAGUAACUAAAGCAUAUAUUUGUGACAUAACAGAUAAAAAUGAAGUAGCUCAUACAGUGAAUAAUAUUCAAUCAGAAUUAGGUGAAGUUACAAUGCUUUUCCAUUGCUGCAGUAUACCUAGCCCUAGAGCAUUACUUCAGGAUCCACCAGAAAUAAGGCAUACAAUUGAUUUAACAGUUAUUAGUCAUUUCUGGUUAUUGGAUGCAGUUUUACCAUGCAUGGAGCGUGUUGGCAGAGGGCAUAUAGUAGUUCUAUCAUCUGUGGCAGGGCUUUCAGGUGGUGCCACAAGAAGAAGUAGAGUCCCUUUAUCCACUGCACAGUUUGCAGUUCAAGGAUUGGCUGAAUCAUUGCAUACAGAAUUAAGACAUUCUAAUAGCAACAUCAUAAUCACUUUAGUUCACGUUUAUCCGUUUAUUGUAGGCGCUGAAGUGGCAAAAGACAUUCGCUUCAGAAUACCGAGUUACUUUGGCACGAUGCCAGCUGCAGAAGCUGCUAAACAAAUUUUGGAUGGUGUCCGUCGGAAUUAUGCGGAAUUCAGUGUACCUGGUUAUUUACUUUAUUUGGGACACAUUCUUAGGAUACUUCCAAAAAAAGCAUCAUUUAUGUUACGUGAUUUGCUAGAUACGGGCGUUGAUUUUGGAUGAUAGGUAUUUAACAUUAUUUUUACUGAAACAGAAAUCAAUCUUGAUUAUAUAAUUUAAAUAUGUAUUGUGAGAAAAGAGUUCGUAGUUUUGGCACUAAGAAAAACUUCGAGAUAUAUAAAAAUUAAUAUUUUCUUUUUUCUUUUAUAUAUAUAUAUAUAUAUAUAUAUAAAUAUAUAAAU